CACUAUACGCUACUAUAUCAGUGUUAAUGUUUAACGUCUUUGGUUCUACGCGGUCUUCCUAGUUUAUUGUAUCUUGCAUGACGUUAGAUUUAUCCUUGUUAGGAGGGCGUGCAAUUUUCACGAUCUCCAUUUGCAUAUUUUCGUGAUAAUGCCAAAAAGGAAGAAUCAAGCUCUUAUAGAUUCUGAUAGUAGUGGCAGUGCAUCAGAAAGUGGCUCGGACUUGGAUAAUGACUUAUUAUCUCUCGCCAAAAAAAAGAAAGGCAAAGCCCAAGAUGAUUCUCAGUCUAAUGAAGAAACUAGCACUACUAGAAAAGAUAAUAAACAUGAUUCAGACACAUCAGAUUCAGAUGAUGAUUGGGGUGCAAAAACUGGUAAAAAUAAAAAGAAGAAAGUGCCAACUAAAAGAAGUAAACGUAAAAUGACAAAGUCUAGUAGUGAAGAAAGUGCUAGUGAAAUAGAGCCCGAAAAGGUCUCUGAACCAGAAGAAGGUGAGGUUUCAGAUUCGGAUGCCAGUGUUUCUGACUCUAGCCAAGAAGAAUUUAACGAUGGUUAUGAUGAUAAAUUAAUGGGAGAUGCUGAGGAUCAAGCAAGACUUGCCCAAAUGACAGAAAAAGAACGUGAACAAGAAAUUUUUAAACGUAUUGAACAGCGUGAAAUCAUGAAAACAAGAUUUGAGAUUGAAAAAAAAUUGAGAAUGGCUAAAAAACAAGAAUUAAAAAAACAAAAAGAAUCAAGGAAGAAAGAAAAGAGUGCAGAGGAAAAGAAAGUUGACAGAGCCCCAGAUCCUAAAGAACGAAGCAAAGAUCGUAAAAAGACAAUAGAAGAAAAACAAGAUAAAAAGUUCCAUGCAAUGUCUCUUCUAAAAGCAAGACGAGAAGAGAAAAAAGAAAGAGAGGAGAAAGAAAAACAAAGGAUAGAACAGCAGCAACAGCAAUCAAAGGAUAUUGAAGAAGAAGAAUUAGAAGAUGACCAUAAAGGAGGAGCAAACAAAACAAAACUUAAAGCAUCUGAUAUUUAUUCUGAUGAUAGUGGUUCAUCAGAUAGUGGUGAAGAAGAAGAAACUACUAAACCAUCGUCUCAUCGCAGAUCAUCUUCAAGUGACAGUAGAGAUACUGAUUCUGAUACUGAUAAGAAAUCUAUUACCAGUAAUAAAGCCAAACCGAAGAAACCAAUAUAUGUCAGUACCAAGGAAGAUCUCAACAAAAUUAGAUUAUCUCGUCAUAAAAUGGAAAGAUUUGUACAUCUACCUUUCUUUGAUAGAGUGGUGCAAGGUUGUUUUGUUAGGAUUGGCAUUGGAAACAAUAAUGGAAAACCAGUAUAUAGGGUAGCUGAAAUUAGUGGUGUUUGUGAAACAGGAAAAAUCUAUCAACUUGGUGGAACUAGAACAAAUAAAGGAUUGAAACUAAGACAUGGAGCUCAAGAACGGGUGUUUAGAUUAGAGUUUGUGUCAAACCAAGAGUUUACUGAAUCUGAAUUUUUCAAAUGGAAAGAAACUUGUGCUUUGCAAGGAAUAUCAAUGCCAACUUUUGAAGAAGUUGAACAAAAAUUAAAAGACAUUAAAGAAGCUUUAGUAUACGAAUUCAAAGAAGAAGAUAUAGAAAAAAUAGUGCGAGAAAAGGAAAGAUUUAAACAAACUCCAUAUAACUAUGCAAUGAAAAAAGCGCAACUUAUGCGUGAAAGAGAUGCAGCUAAUUGUAGAGGGGAUGACGAAACUGCCAGUCGGCUUAACCAAGAAUUGAGUGAACUUGAAGAACGUGCUUCCGAACUUGAUAAAAUGCGCACUGCAACAAUAUCUAGCAUAUCUUACAUUAAUGAUCGUAACCGAAAAAAGAAUGUUGAAGAAGCCGAAAAAGCAAUCAUGGAAGAAAUUAAAGCCAAUAAAGGUAGAAAAGUUGAUGAUCCAUUCACUAGGAGAAGUACUAAACCAAGAAUGGUUUUUAAACCAGAAGAUGAAGAAAUAUCAUCUACCGCUCUAGUAAAUGAUAAAGCGAGUCCUCAACAAACUGAAGUAGUAGCAGUAUCUAACGAAAAAGAAAAUAGUCAAGAAACGAAGAAGAAACAAAGUACUGAAGAUUUAUUUAAUGCUCACGAUUUUGAUAUCACAAUAGACUUAGAGGUACCAAUUCCAAAUAAUCCCGUUAGUGUAUUGCCGAAACCUAUUAAUAAUAUCAAAGAUACUGGACCUCGACGAUCUUUAAAUUUGGAAGAUUAUAAGAAAAAACGAGGACUAAUCUAACGUUUUAUUAGCUUUAGAAGUAAAAAAUGAGUCCUUGAUGAUCUGAUAAAUUCUGAAAACAAGGAUGAAGUUUUGUAACAGUUGACUGAGAAACUAGCUUAUGUAUAGUUCUCGUAUAACAUUAUUUUUUUGUUAUAAAUAAUGAUUCCUUUUUUAUAGAAAGAAUAUAGAUGGUUUCUACCAUAUUAUUCUAUUUAGAAAGACAUAAUUAUUGUAUUCUUUACUAAAGAAUGCAUUUCAUUGUUCGUUAAAAUAUUUUUUUUUUAAAUAUUAUUAAUAAGUACUUAACAAAAGAGUAUUACAAUUUGAAUCAUUUAAAGACCUCAUAAUUGCAUUUGUUUUCCUCUCUCAAUAAUAAAUCAUUUUUUACCUUUUAACUAAAGUAAAUUGACUCGUUCUCUUUUAGAGAGGAAAUAAAUUCAAUAUUGAAAAUUAAUAAUCAAUAAUUUUCUAAUACAAAUAUUGAAUAGAUAAUUUUAAUAACAAAAAUCGUUAUGGGUCAUAAAUAUAUCAAUCAUGAUUUGCGUAUAUUAAUAUGUGACAUUUUCCUAUGUUCUGUAUGUUAAAAUAAACAUUAAUAAGCGACCACCUGGUGAUAAAAAAAUUUAUACGAAUUUGAAUUGGUUUCUAAUUAUGUUUAUGAUGAUCAAUUGCUUUAUAUGAGAACAUUAUGAAGACUAUCAUACGUAUAGAUAUUUUUUUAUUCUCUGCAGUGUUCUAAUACUGAAACUGCAAACUACUGCCAAUAUAAUUUGGCUACACAAGCUUCAAAAUAUGGUUUACUACAAAAAUUUGUAAAUAUUCUCUAAACAAUUCAAAUAAUUUAAAUUACUAAAUUCUUAUAUAUAUACAUAUAUAUAUAUAUAUAUAUUUCUGUACGAAAUAAGGAUAAAAGAAUAUUUUUAGAUGUAUACUUUUCUUAUGUCUAGUUAAUCUGAUUAUUGUUAACUUUAAUCUAUUAAAUUUGAUAGAUACAUAACAAAUGUAUUAUCGUAUAAUAUGAUUUUUAUUGAUACUAGAAUGAUUAGGUAUCUUGCUGCAUCUUCUGUCCAUAAUAUUGCUCGUUAGACAUAAUCAUAAAGUUGAUAUCUUGAAUAAAUAAAAAUUUGAUACUUUGUGUUAAAAAAUAUCCAUUUUUUUGUAAUUAUGCACUAUUAAUUAAGGAAAUAGAUUAAUUGAAAGAUAACUAAUUUUAAGGGACAAAUUUUUAUAUUUCAUGUAUUUAUUUCAAAAUAAAUGUUACUAUACAAAAUUUUAUUUAUCCAAGAUGUCAAAAAUUAUUUAAUAUAAUUUAUAAAAUUCAAAAAUAGUUAUAUAACCUGAUAAACUAUAACAUAUAUGAAUAUCAAGUAUUAAUUAGAAUCAUUACUAUCCAAACAGAGCAUGUUUGCUUUUAUCAAAAAAUCUGCCAAAAUUGUACAUAUAUGUACCUAAACAGUACUAUUAAAAAAUUUUAGAAAAAUU